UGUGGCUCUUUUCAGCUAUGCAGGGAGAAGCCCGCCCCCCUCCACUGGGACCCUCCAAUGAGGGCCCCCCACUCCCUGUCUCCAGGCCCUUGGGACUACAAGUGGGGUAUCCUUUCCUGACCCCCCUGCUCUCCCUUGUGCCCCCGGGGGGAUUCGGGGGGGAUAUUUCCCCAUGCAUUGAGCUCCACUCCCAGCAGUUUCAGGGAAGGGAGAGGGGGAGACUGGCCCCGAUCCAGCCCGCUGCAGCCACCCCAGAGCCAAGAGAAGUAGGUGCAGCUUCCAGCCCCCCGUGAAGUCCCCCCUUUACCCCAAACAGCAACAGCAUGGAAGAAUCACCUUUUUUGAGAAUGGCAGAGCUGAAGAGGUAAGCCUAACAUCGGGGGGGGGGAGCCCCACAAGCACCCCCAGGGCAAUAGGGCACCAAUCCCUUACUCAGAGGGAGAGAGAUUUCCAUGGGCGGUUUCUCCCCAUGCUCAAAACCUUGCUGGUUGCCACUUAUGGGAUCAUGAAUUAAUGCCCCCCAAUACAGCUGGACUCACUUGCUAGAGCCAUCUGGAGGGCCUGGCCCCACAGGCAAUUGGAUGCACACCUGGACUACCUCACAGGCUGUUGUAAGGACCACCAGGGACUGCCUGUGAAGUGCUUUGAACAUUCAAAAGUGCUCUCCAUAGGGAUGCUGAACCCUAUUAGGACAACAGGAGGAUUAAAAGCAGAUCACGACCAAAAUAUGCAACAGUAUUAAAACAACAAAGGAAGAAAAAAUGGAAUGGGGACAUAAGAACAUCGGAAGGGGCUGCUGGUUGAGGCCAAAGGGGGCCCACCUAGUCAGAAUCCUGCUCUCUUAGUGGCCAACCAGAUGCCCCCAUGGGAAGCCCACAAGCAGGACCGGAGCCCAAAGAGCGCUCCCCCCUGCCUGACUCGGUUUCCAGAAACUCCAACAGUGAGGCAGAGCAAUGCUCUCAAGAGCCUUUUCCUCCACUGGUUUGUCUAAUCCUAUCUUCUCUUUUUGUAAACAUAUUUUAUUGAUUAAAGCCGCCCAAGCUGGUGGCCAACAUGGCUUCUUGUGGUAGGGGGUUCCAUAGUCUAACCAGCUGCUCUGUGGAGAAGUCCUUCUCUCGGUCCACUUCCUCCACACCAGGCAUAAUUCUAUAAGCUUCUAUGAUGUUGCCUCUUAUUGCAACCCUGAAGUUGGCUCCUAGUUCCCAGUUCCUUAGAAUCAUAGAAUAGUAGAGUUGGAAGGGGCCUAUAAGGCCAUUGAGUCCAACCCCCUGCUCAGUGCAGGAAUCCAAAUCAAAGCAUUCCCGACAGAUGGCUGCCCAGCUUGCCUCUUGAAGGCCUCCAGUGUCGGAGAGCCCACUACCUCCCUAGAUAAUUGGUUCCAUUGUCGUAUGGCUCUAAAAGGAAGUUUUCCUGAUGUCCAGUCGAAAUCUGUCUUCCUGCAACUUGAGCCCAUUAUUCCGUGUCCUGCACUCUGGGACGACCGAGAAGAGAUCCCGGCCGUCCUCUGUGUGGCAACCUUUCAUGUACUUGAAGAGUGCUAUCAUAUCUCCCCUCAGUCUUCUCUUCUCCAGGCUAAACAUGCCCAGUUCUUUCAGUCUCUCCUCAUAGGGCUUUGUUUCCAGUCCCCUGAUCAUCCUUGUUGCCCUCCUCUGAACCCGUUCCAGUUUGUCUGCAUCCUUCUUGAAGGGCAGAGACCAGAACUGGACGCAGUAUUCAAAAUGAGGCCUAACCAGUGCUGAAUAGAUGGGAACUAGUCCUUCACGUGAUUUGGAAACUAUAUUUCUGUUAAUGCAGCCUAAUAUAGCAUUUGCCUUUUUUUGCAGCCACAUCACAUUGUUGGCUCAUAUUCAGCUUGUGAUCAACGACAAUUCCAAGAUCAUUUGGUUUCUUUUUCCUAAGUGUAGAACUGUUCUUGAAAGUUCAAAACACUAAAAAAGAAGAAAAGUUGACAGCUACAGCAACUUCAAGCCAAAGUUAACAUGUCUCUAAACCCCAACAUAUAUGUUGGGGUACCCUGUAUGAUAUAUCACUAUGAUCGGCAGGACUCUACCCGUCAAGAAUAAGAAUACAUUUAUGCAACCAAAUUAAAGAGUCUUCUGAUAUUAUUAUAAAUACAUAAUGAUGUCAUAAAAUCAUCAAAAAUAAUAAACGGGGGUUGCCCACCCCAAAAUCUGCUCUGGGCCAGGACAAAUCAUACACCCCAGGAAAGGAGAGGGUGUCCUCUAUGAGAUGCCAAUGCGUCCCACCUGGCCCAGAGCUUCUGCUGGGCGCAGGGCAUGGAUGAAGGCAGAGAAAAACAAACAGGAAAAAAUAAGUACCUGGGGGUGCGCACCCCAAAAUCUGCUCUGGCCCAGGACAAAUCAUAUGCCCCAGGAAAGGGGAGGGUGUCCUCUCUGAGAUGCCACUGUUCCCUGUCUGGCCAAGAAAUUCUAUUUAUGGUAGACUGACGUAAAGGAAACAGGGUUUAGAUAACCUAAGCUGUUCCCUUGAAGCCCUUUUUUAAAAAUGUGCCUCUCAUUUUUCGUUUUAAUAUGGAGAAGGGUCACCGGCCAGAAAGGGGCUUCCGGUCUCCCUGCGAAGCAGCCGAGGAGCUUCAGCCACUUUGCUCUUAACGGGUUAACAAAGGACAACGGAGCGGAAGAGCGCAAAGGCGGGACUUCCCUUUCCUGCCCCGCCUCCGUGCGAGAAAUGCAGGCUGGAAGCGCGGAGCUCUCUUUGUGCGCAGCGAUGUUGGCGAGCGGGGUUGCAAGGGGGGAGCCUGGAGACAAAGAUGCUGUUAUUCAUCCCCUGUGCCCAAGAGGAGCUCUGGGCCAGGUGGGACAGACUGGAUACAUCUGGGGGAUCAAGGCUGAGGGAGAAACAUCUGAAGUAUCACUGGAAAAAGCUGAGGAGCAGAUGCAGGAACUGAGGAGUCAAGAUGGAGAAAAGAGACAAGAGGAGAGACAAACUCACACCAGUGACAAACCUCAUAUAUGCUUGGAGUGUGGAAAGAGCUUCAGGUGGAGUAGCCACCUUACUGUACAUCAAAGAUGUCACACAGGGGACAAACCUUAUACAUGCUUGGAGUGUGGAAAGAGCUUCAGUCACAGAAGCACCCUUAGUAAACAUGAAAGAACUCACACAGGGGACAAACCUUAUAAAUGCUUGGAGUGUGGAAAGAGCUUCAUUCAGAGUAGCACCCUUACUUCACAUCAAAGAACUCACACAGGAGACAAACCUUAUAAAUGCUUGCAGUGUGGAAAGAGUUUCAGUCGGAGUGGCACCCUUAGUAUACAUGAAAGAACUCAUACAGGGGACAAACCGUAUCAAUGCUUGGAGUGUGGAAAGUGCUUCAGUCAAAGUGGCACCCUUAGUAUACAUGAAAGAACUCAUACAGGGGAGAAACCGUAUCAAUGCUUGGAGUGUGGAAAGAGCUUCAGUGACAGUAGCACCCUUCUGGUGCAUCAAAGCACUCACACAGGGGACAAACCUUAUACAUGUUUAGAGUGUGGAAAGAGCUUCAGGUGGAACAGCACCUUUAGUCAACAUCGAAGAAGUCACACAGGGGACAAAACUUAUACAUGCUUAGAGUGUGGAAAGAGCUUCAGUUGCAGUGGCACCCUUACAUCGCAUCAAAGAUGUCAUACAGGAGACAAACCUUAUACAUGCUUGGAGUGUGGAAAGAGCUUCAGUCAGAGUAGCAACCUUACUUCGCAUCAAAGAUGUCACACAGGGGCCAAACCUUACACAUGCUUGCAGUGUGGAAAGAGCUUCAGUCACAGUGGCCACCUUACUUCGCAUCAAAGAGCUCACACAGGGGACAAACCUUAUACAUGCUUGCAGUGUGGAAAGAGCUUCAGUCACAGUGGCCACCUUACUUCACAUCAAAGAACUCACACAGGGGACAAACCUUAUAAAUGCUUGGAGUGUGGAAAGAGCUUCAGUCGGAGUAGCCACCUUACUUCGCAUCACAGAACUCACACAGGGGACAAACCUUAUAAAUGCUUGGAGUGUGGAAAGAGCUUCAGGUGGCGUAGCGCCUUUACUUCUCAUCACAAAACUCAUACAGGGACAAUCCUUUGAAUGUGGAAGAUGUUCAGUCGAAGUACCACCUUUACUUUGCAUCACAGAACUCACACAGGGGACAAAGUUUAUAACUGCUUUGAGUGUGGAAAAAGCUUCAGUGAAAGAUGCAUCCUUACGGUGCAUUAAAGAAUCACACAGGGGACAAACCUCAUGAAUGCUUGGAGUGUGGAAAGAGCUUCAGUGAGAGAUGCGCCUUUAUGGUGCAUCAAAGAAUUCACACAGGAUAAACCUUAUAAAUGCUUUGAGUGUGGAAAAAGCUUCAGGUCCAGUAGCUCCCUUACGGUUACUCUCUGCUUGCUGUUGUGCUGCUUUAAAGGAAAUUAAGCAUACAACACACACAACCAACAAGGGUUACGGGCCCAGCAAACGAAGUUGAAUGCAAGUUGUAGCUGAACCUAAAAGUGCAUGUGUGUAAUUUAAAAGAGAGACUUUAAGUUAGAAAGAACAGCAGAACAAAGGUGAAAUGAUGGCUGAUGUGUCGAUGCUUGAGAGACGCGUUCCAAGGCUUGAAAAAGAUAACUACUAUCUUCGGACUCUAAGGUUCACAGCCCUCCUGGAUGGAGAAGAAUUAAAUGGAAUCCUAACUGAUCCUGAACCCUUGGCUGAGGAUGCAAACACAAUGGCUUCAUGGAGACGUAAGCAUGCAAGAGUAAAAUCUCUCCUCAUUUCUGCUCUAUCAGACAAAGCAUUAAAUCUCUGUGUUGGGUGUGACUGUGUAAAGGAAAUGUAUGACAAACUUGGAAGAUUCUGUAACAGGAAGACGAAAAGCCACAUUAUGUCCUUUACAAAGAGUUAUUUUCUCUGAAAGAAACUGCUGAGAGAGGCAGUCUGAAUAAAUACAUAGAAAAGUUUUCAGAACUUUUGGCUAAAUUGGAAAUAUGUGGCAGAGUUCUGGAUCAUGAAUUGGAGAAAAUAUUGCUUUUGAGCUCUCUUAAUCAGGAUCAUAAAUUAAUUUCCUGUGUGCUACGAAGUUCUGACCAAAGUCUGAGUCAGCUUAUAUCGUAUUUGAACGAGCAGGACUUUAGAGAAUGGCAGGAAGAACUAGGUCUGUCUCAAGAAGGAAACCUUUCUAGAGGCAGACAUGAAAAGGACAACAGAAUGAGUCAUCACCCCAAUCCACAAAAGGGCAAAGACAGACACAAUGCUUUAAAUGUGGCUCUCCAAAACAUUUACAAAGACAAUUUAAUAAGUGUUAUAAAAAUAAUGGGAUUUGGAGGUGAACUUCAUAUGAGUGGAUAAUCUUGCCAUGUUCUAGAUGAAGGAGGAAUAAGUUGCACUGCAAAAGUGAAAAAUUGACUUUUAAUUUUAGAAUACAUUGAAACUAUGCAUGCAAAUGUGGUCAAGGAAACCAGUAAUGCUGAAUGCUUGCAUAUUUGGCAUAGAAGGAUGGGACAUGCCAGCUUAGCUAGAGUAACUAGGUUCAGCCCACGAGAUUCCUCUUGUCUCACAGAUUGCAAUGUCUGACUUUGCCCAACGCCUUCGUGAGAGAGUCUGCAGUCAUGUCUUUUGUUGGACAAUACUGCAAUUUGAAUAGUCAUCUGCGGUAGGUGGGUGCUUCACAUCUAUGUACUUGGUGCAUGAACUCACCCCUUCUGACUCCGAGAGUCUGUUGUGUCCUUGCUUGCUUCCCAGUCCCUUUUGGUUGGUGAGCUGGUUCUUCAGCACAGGUAUCCCACCGCAACCACCACAUCUGGCUUGGUAACAGUACUCAUAUGCAGGCUUUUCUUUAGCAUUUGGCUUCUUCUUGAAUUUCCUCUUGUAGCCUGUAGCUUUCCUUCCUUGAGGAAGAUUGGUUGGUGUCCAAGUUUUACUUUGGUGUAGAGAUUCCAGCUCUUCCUUGGCUGGCUGCCUCCACCUUUCAGCUUUGGCUUUGGGUAAGGCUUCUAUCUCUUUCCGAGUCUCUGUUUCUGGAAGUUCAUCUCUUACAAGCUAACUGUCUGGUGGUACACCUCUGUUGGUGCAUUUAGAGCAUCUGGGUGCUGGCACUGCGGCUGCCCCUUCUGGCUCUGAUGCCCCUUCUGGCUCUGAUGCCCCUUCUGGCUCUGAUGCCCCUUCUGGCUCAGUUGCCCCUUCUGGCUCAGACUCCUCCCCUUCCUCUGCAGGUAUAUUGUUAUACCUUCUGUGGUGGAAGAAUAGCUCAGCUUCUUCUUCCAUGUCGCUGUCAUCUGUUUGGUGUGGCACCCCUUCUGGUCAGUGCGCACUCUUUCUUUCAUCAAAAUGGAUAGCUCUGCAUACAUCAACUUUGCCAGUUUUGGGAUCUAUUACUCUGUAUCCCUUCUGCGUUGGAGAAUACCCAAUAAAUAUUACUUCCCUGGCAGUGUUGUCAAGUUUUGAUCUCUUUUCCUUUGGGAUGUGCACAAAGGCCUUGCACCCAAAUACACGAAGGUGUGACAUACCUGGUAUCCUCUCAUGCCACAGUUCAAAUGGUGUUUUGUUGGUUGCAGAUGCAGGAAGUCGGUUCUGCAGGUAAGUGGCAGUAACCACAGCUUCUCCCCAGUACUCCUUUGGUAACUGCGCAUCUUCCAACAAGGAAUUAAUCAUUCCUCCAAGAGUCCAGUUCAUGUGUGCCGCAACCCCAUUUUUGCUCUCACGAAGGCAUUGGGCAAAGUCAGACAUUGCAAGCUGCAAGACAAGAUGAAUCUCGUGGACUGAACCAAACACUUAUUGGAAGUGGGGCAAGAGCAACUCCUGUUUUGUUCUUUUGUUCGUGUUCCAGAGGGGAGAUAGAGUGAGGGUCCUCCAGAUGGAUAGGCUUGUUUACCUUUACCUGUGAUGCUCUGACUGACUUCUUUCUGUCGCUAGACUGUGACGUCUUUAGGGAAGCUUACCUGCCCUUCUUCCUUCUGCCCUUUCCACUCCUUUGUCCUCCGACUGUCCGGGAAAGAGGAGACAUCCCUUUGUCCCUGCUCUCCCUAAGCCAUGAGGCUGAUUCCCACACCUGGGCGUUAUGCCUCCAACUUAAUUAGUUAGAACUAGGUUUGC